GCACUGAUGAGCAUUAGACUCUGCAAGGAAUAGGCUGAUCGAGCUCGGCCCUGAGCUCGGCCGGCCAAGAGCUCGCCUAGUUCAGCCAUUUCAUCUUGAAAGCAACUUUCAUGGCUACAAAAGCACCAGAGCAGCAGCAGCCGCUAGGAAAUGCCCGCGUGGUCACAGGCAUCGCGGGGCUAUUUGGGCAAACGGAGUUUGCGGACUUCCAAAUCGUUUUCACACUAGACCAGUCCCUGGAUGGCCAGCCACAACAAGACAGCGGCGGGAGCGCUGCGUCGGCUGAGGAGUCGGGCGCCGGGCGGAAACGUGCCCGAGAGGGCGAGUCCCGCGGCCGCGCCUCCGGUGACCGGCUUGCUUGCGAGCCGCUUCCCGGCCACUCUUUCGUGCUGCAUUUCGCCUGCGACAAGAUCGCUGCCCAGCUGGACUUUGCAUUCAAAGCCAGCGAUGGUGCUGGCAACGAGAAGCGGGCACGCAAGGCCGUGACCGUCACCAUCACCGCCGUCGACGACACCAGUCCAGCACGCAGCAUCCGCCCACAGCGUCAGCAGCAGCUACCGGAGGUGGAGCUGUCGCUUGCAAGCGAGGAGCAGCUGCCCGCAGCCCGCGCUGCCAUCAAGUUCGCCUACACGGGGCGGAUUGAGGUGGGCAGCGUGCGCGAGGCGCUGCAGGUGUGGCGGCAGGCGACGUACCUGCAAGUGAAGGACUGUGCGGCGGCAUCUCUGGCGGCGGUGCGGGGUAUGUUGUCUGCUACCGAGCCGGCCGCCGCUGCGGCUGCAUCAGCAGCGGCACGGGCUGGGCCAGGACCGCAGGCUGCCGCCGGGGCACCGGCCGUGGGGGCAGCAGCAGAGGCGGGAGCGGGCGCAAAGGGCAGCAGCAAAGGCGGCACUACUGCCUCUCCUCCCGUGCUGGAGUUCUUCAACUGUGCGCAUUUGUGGCCGGCAUCCAUCGAAGACACCGACAAGGCCUUUGUGGCGCUUCUGACGGAGGCCAAGCAGAAGCUGGUGGCGCACUUUGGUGACGCGCUGGCGGUGCUGAACAAGCAGCAGCUGUAUGACCAGAUGCGGGCGCUGCCGCUUGUGGCCCUGGAGGCUGUGCUGGAGUCCGACGACUUCGGCACCGACAGCGAGAGCAGUGUGGUGCUGGUGCUUGUGGAGUGGAUGGACGCCAACUACAGUCGCACGGACGCGGCCACGCGGCGGCGGCUGUGCGGGCUGCUGCGGCUGGUGCAGUGCAGCCGCGCCUACAUCAGCUGGGUCCUGCCCGCGCUGGCCGCAACGCACGUGGCCGGACCGCCCGGCCCUGGCAGCUGGUUCCCCAUGACAAUCGAGGAUGUGGCCCGCCUCAGCACUUACGUCACGGCGUCAGAGGCAGAGCGCAAGGCCAUGGCGGACGAGGCGGGCAUGUGGGGGCCCUGCGCGAUCAUCAAGCGCUGGCCAGCGGGCUGGCUGAGCAGCAAGCCCCGGCGCCAGUGUGUGCCGGCCGAGGGCCGCCGCAUCUUCAGCUUCAGUGCCAGCCUCGCGCAGCUGGAGGCGGAAUUCGGGAGAGCGAAACCGGGGGGACAGGGACGCCUGCUUCCCACAAUUGAUGACGCGCCCAUGCAGAGAGUCGUCGUGCACGGGCUUUGGUGGGGAAUACAGUUGGAAAUGAAUAUAGCUGACAGCUCGGCGGUGGGUUGCUUCUUAAUGUUGGACCUGCCCGACAGCCUCCUGCGGCUCGGUUCAGCGGCGUCGCAGCUCAUGCUGUGCGGAGUCACCGCCUACCCCGACCGGCUGCGCAUGAACGUGUACGGCUUCGCGGGCGGCGCGGCGGCCGGAGCAGCCGGUGGUGUCUCGCUGAACAAGAAGGAUUUUACACGUAUGUACGGUGGUAAUGAGUUCGUGCGGGUCGGGAACGGCGUGGGAAAUCCCCGCGCCUUCAAGCUCCAGCCUGCUGCCGCCGAUGCGCCGCCGCCCGCACAGCAGCAGCGGCAGCGGCAGGGGGCCGAGGUGCAGCCGCGGGCCCCGGAUGCGGCAGCCGCAGCCAGCAAUACGGUUGCGGCUCGGUGGGCUGACUACCUGCGGGACGGCAAGCUGACCGGGGCCAUCACUCUGCUGCCGCCCCAGUGAUGAUAAAGGCAACCACGGCACUGCGGAGCUGCGGGCCUCAGAGGCUGAUGAGAGUGCGGCAGGUGUGCGCGCAUUGGUUGCUUGAGGCAGCCGUGAUCAUGCGUGGUGUCUUGGCAUCGGCCGCGUUGGCAUUGGGGUGGAGUUACGCACCCAGGAUCCAUUACGCAUGCACGCAAUUUCGUGGGGUUGGAUGCGUGUUGUCAAGCGUGUGACACAGUGGUGUACAUAUGCCGCCGGACCACUGCGCGGUGUGGUCCUUGCCUCCUUGGGGAACACGAGGGAACGGGUCGUGCCUACAUGGCUACAUGCUGCUACCGCCCCAGUGAUGGCGAUAAUUGAUGCAGAGCUGGGCCACGACAUGGAGAGUGCGGGCGUUGAGGUCGUCGUGACAAUGUACGGUAAUUUGUUGGGCAGGUGGGCACGGACAGUAGCUGGAUGGUUUGCCUGCUUUGGCCGCGGCGGCACUGUGAAGUGAGCGGCUUGCUAGGUGCCGAGUUCAUUCUGGCAUCUUUUUAGCCGGUUUCCCGCACGCAGCGUAGCUUUACUGUGGUUGCGCGCGGGCGCCAGAUCACUUGCGAUAUGUGACCCAAGACCCUAAUUGGAGGCAGGGAAUGGUGGAGAUAAACGUGCGAAUGCGCGUUGUGAUAUGUAACUGGGCGGUGCGUGUUGGGAGCACCGUCCAGAGUUCACAGGCCAGCAGCGACCGCGGCAGUCGUCAUACACAUCUAGUUACGGCAGUCUCCGUGACAAGGUCCCCAGGGUGCAGGAGCGCAGGAUGGAUAUUCUUUUGAAUGUGAGGUGACAGACAUUUCUUGAUUUCCGGGCCAGCGGUUGUGGGGCGCGUGUUGUGUGAGCGCUGACCGGGGGGGACUGGGCGUGGGGACUGGGAUGGAGGCUGCGAGCCAUAGGGGCACCACUUGGGGGCGGGGGGAUGUGGGGAAGCUGUUGCGAAAUUCUCGCGUUAGGAACGGGACAAUAUAGUGGCCGCUGGAGUGCUGCAUUCAUGUGCAGCACUGGACGAUUGGAGAAAAGACGAGGUACCGUAUGGGAGGGGUUAGGAUGUUGAUACCGUGCGCACGUGUCUGCAUACCGUAUUGUAUUGACUCUGGGGACCAUCAUGGUACAUAAUGACCUUCGACGCUUAAUCCACGUGAGUGCAUGUUUGGGCAUGAGCAAUUGUGAAAGCGUCUUUGCGUCUCGAGCAACCAACAAAGGGCAGGAGGUGUGCAUAACUGCAUGAUAUGUACAAGGCAGAUGUGAGGUGAACACGGUCCGUAAAGGCGCUCAAGCGGCGCAUGCUUGGCGAAGCGCAGACGGGUGCACCGGUAUAGAACUGCGGGUCAACCAAGGCGAUCACCUUUGUUUGCUUGACAUUGGCGGGGCUCCGUAGCGCUGGUGCGCAUGAAUACAUGUUCAAUAGACAUGGCGGAGCGUUGCAAGCGGGGUAGGCUGGGUCGAAAGGAUGUCCAUGGAUUAAAUGACGAAGUGUGACCGAAGUCAGGACCCGAUGGCACAGCAUGAUAGCGCUCGUCAAGAGGAGUCGGUUGGCACCACUUUGGCGUUAGAUGGAGGGGUUUUGCACCCCUAAAUGUCAAAAAGGUUUGUUCGUUUGGGGAUCGGUCGUUCCCUCAAGGGGGGUCCCGUCCCGGGGGAUUUCAGGUCUGUACGGGGCACGGGGUCGGGCACCCGCGCGCAAUUCGUUUCCAGACCCCAUGACUCCUGAGGAUGUUCAUAGAAAUGUAAGCUAGUGUGAAUGCAAAUGCAAGACGUAUUCCAGGGGAGGGGGACCUUCCUCCCCUGACGUAUUCAGCCCUUCGGGCCCAUGUUUUUGGGCUGAGCCCCCG